GAAGACACUGCGAAAGGCAAGGAGGAAGCUCAUCUAUGAGAAGGCAAAGCACUGUCACAAGGAGUGCAGACAGAUGUACCGGACUGAGAUUCGCAUGGCUAGGAUGGCAAGGAAAGCUGGGAACUUCUAUGUGCCCGCAGAACCAAAAUUGGUCUUUGUCAUCAGAAUCAAUGGAGUGAGUCCAAAGGUGCGCAAGGUGCUGCAGCUGCUUCGUCCUCGGCAGAUCCUCCAUGGCACCUUUGUGAAGCUCAACAAGGCUUCAGUGAACAUGCUGAGGAUCGUGGAGCCGUACAUUGCAUGGGGGUACCCCAACCUGAAGUCAGUAAACGAGCUCAUCUACAAGCGAGGCUAUGGCAAAAUCAAUAAAAAGCGCAUUGCCUUGACAGAUAACUCCUUGACUGCACUACCUCUUGGUAAAUUUGGCAUCAUCUGCAUGGAGGAUCUAAUUCAUAAGAUCUAUAUAGUUGGGAAAUGCUUCAAGGAAGCAAAUAACUUCCUAUGGCCCUUCAAACUAUCUUCCCCACGAGGUGGCAUGAAGAAAAAGACACCUCACUUUGUAGAAGGUGGAGAUGCUGGCAAUAGGGAAGACCAGAUAAACAGGCUUAUUAGACGGAUGAACUAAGGUAUUGCCGUGGUAUUUUUAUAAUC